AUGUUUGCUUCCACCAUUCUUCGGGCGUUGACCAUCUCCGAGGAGAGUCAUCGUCAUCUCAACAACCAUCAAAACGGAGGAAUAUCAUCACCCACUCAUUCCUCCUCUCCACCCUCUCCUUCUUCAUCAUCCCCUUUUGAAGUGCAUCGUCGAGAGAAUUCUUCUCCUUUUCCAAUGAUGAAAUCUCAACAACAAUCAUCCAUUCCACAACAACAACAAGUAUUGCAAUCAUCGACCAAUACGACUUUCUUUCGAAAGAAACGAAUGGACAGUAAAAACCACAUCAUUGACAUUCAUAUGCGACCCAAUUUGGAACGAAUUAUAUCCAAUGAAAAAACAUUACAAUGUUUUCGUUAUUUUGCAGAUCAGAAACAAGUGUUGGAAUCGUUGGAUUGUUUGGUUGAAAUUAAAAAGUAUAAGAAAUUAUUGGAGCCUUUGAUGAAUGGUGGAGGUGAUGGCGAUGGUCAUCGUCGACGUCCUUUUUCUCAUGAAACUCCAAAUAUUCAGACGACGACGUCUCGAAAGAAGAGCACCUCGAGUUUGGGAAGUCACAGUAGUGGAAGCGAAAAGACACUCAUGAUGACUAAUACCUCUCAACACCAAGGCCAACAAUUUCCAAAUAUGGAAGUCUCAGGAAAAGGUGUUGCUGUCACUCCAACCAGUCCAAGCAGUACAAGUAACAACAGUGGUGUAAAUGAAUUGAGAAGAUUAUCCUCUCCGAGAUCUCCUUUAUCCAGUUCAGCUUCUGUUCAACAAGUCAAACCUUCAAUGAAUUCCUCUUCUGGAAAGAUUACUCAAUUAGGAAGGGAAAAUUCCACACAACCGCCUGUUUUUGAGAAAGAUCAUGAUGUGGUUGGAUCAUUCACAGUAGUAAAGGCAUCAUCUCCGACUUCCACAAAACAAGAAGAAGUAUCAAUGUCUUUAACAACUCAACAACCAAUGACGAAUUCACAAAAAACAACUUUUAGUGAAAAACGUUUCAAAUUGAAUUCAUUAUUGACAAGAAAAUCAUCACCAGUGGCAACUUCUCCAACCACCACCUCAAUUAUCAACCUUAAUAGUUCUAUAGUCACUUCACCAACGACUCCCACCACAGGAUUUGGAAAUAAUUGUUCUGAAAAUCAAAAUUGGACCCAAAAUACAAACAAUCAUGAAAAUUCACUUGGAAUGGUGAACGGAGUUCAUCAAGAAUCAACAGUUGGAGAGGAGGAAAAACUCUUUCACACCACCCAUGUCACGAAUGAGGAUAUAGAGUCUGUGACAAGUGACAACACAGCUUCCACCACUAAUUCAGAUACGAUUUUACAUCCCAGUGCCACUGUGAAGAUUUAUGAAAAAGCUUACCUGUUAAUGAUUGAAAUUAUGGAUAAUUUUUUAAGGAAUGGAGCAGAUAGUGAAAUUAAUAUCGAUGGUCAAUCAAAGCAUAGAUUAUUUGGAAAUGCUGCAUUACAAAACAUGCAAAGCUAUAUUGACAUGGACUUGCUUGUCAAGUAUAUCUUAUUUGAUCAAGUUGAAUUAGAACUACUAUUAUUGGUAAAAGAAGAUAUUUUACCAAGAUUUGCUCAAUCUGAAAUUUGGCAAAAUUUCGUCCUUGAAAAUGGAGAUGUUGCCAACUCGUGUUGUUACCCUGAAGACGUUGAAAAGGUACUCAAAUUAAGAUAUCGUAAAGAAGAUUUACUUCGAGAAUAUAUCACUCAAAAAGAUUUAGAUUUUAGUGAAAUGGCAGCAAGUGACAUGUCCUGCCUAAAACACAUGCUAGAUGUCAAUAGCUUAAAUAUUUUCUCAACGAAAGGAGAUCAAUUUGUGGAUAUUCAAGACAUUGGAAUGGGAGGAUUUACCAACGCAAAGAUCAUUGGAUUUUUACCAUUUUCAGCAGAAGUGGUGAUAAGCGGACAUUGCAGUGGGUAUGCCAUGACAAAAUUUGUUCCAACCACACUCUUCGAUCAAGACAAGGAAGGUAAAAUUGUUUCUUUCAGAGAACACGAAUUUGAACAAAUUGAUUUUUCUAAAGAGUCCAAUAAGGAUGUUUAUCCCAGUUGGUUAACAAAAUUUUCUGUGAAAUAUCCAAGACCUUUUACCAAUAGAACUUGUUAUGCUGCUGGAACAUGUGUCUAUGUGAAAGGAAGAUAUAUUAUGAUUAACAAGGCAAUUUUAAACCCAGAAAAGUAUCCAAGUGAAUAUAUUUACCGUGAUUCUAAGAAAUCAAAGAUGAAGAAAAAAAAGACAACAAAUAGUCUCUUUGUGAGUAUUCACGUCGUGACACCUGUCGCAAAGGAAAAGUGUCACUUUGUGAAUUUAUUGUUACUCAAUACUGGAGGAUUUUUGAAUAUUCUUGCAGAAGCAUUGUUGGAGCAAAGUUUGAAAGUUUGUUCACAGCAACAAAUGACCAUGAUAUCAGAACUUAAUGAAAUGAAGAAAGAUAGAUAUGCCAUGAUUGAAGAUGGAUAUUUGCAAGCGAAACGAUUUAUUUCACUCUCUUUAGCUAAAUUUGGUAAAACCAUUUCCACUGCUGAAGGUUGUACCUUUCCACAAACCUUUGAAGAAUUUCAAAAAUAUGCCGAUGCUUGA